AUGCGCCUUAUCAAGCAAAAUAUUGAGCGCGAUGGCUCUGGCACCGUCACACUCUUGCCUGAAGAACCAGAGGAUAUGUGGCAUGCCCAUAACCUCAUCGCAACGGACGAUCUCCUCCGCGCUUCAGCCAUCCGUCGAGUCGUCACCGAGUCUACAACAGGCAGCACGACCUCCACGCGCGUACAUACCAACCUCCUCAUCCGAGUCACAGGGAUCGAAUUCGAUGCGCAAGCAGGCCAGCUGCAUGUCAGCGGCCGCGUUGCCGAAGAAAACAAAUGGGUCAAAAGCGGUGCAUACCAUACGCUGGACCUCGAGCUACAGCGCAACUUCACAUUAGAAAAGAGCGAGGGAUGGGACUCUGUCGCGCUGGAUGUGGUUAGGGAGUCCGUUAAGCAGGAUAAAGAGGGGACGGUACCGGCGGUCGUGAUGCAGGAAGGUCUGGCGAAUAUCUGUCUUAUUACGGAACAUCAAACAAUCUUGAAGCAGAGGAUCGAGACCGGUAUUCCAAGAAAACGAUCUGGCAGGACGGGCGACCAUGAUAAGGGCCUGACUAAGUUUUACCAAGUUACACUGGAGACCCUCGCAAGACAUGUGGACAUUACAAAGCCUCGACCAUUACUCAUUGCAAGUCCAGGGUUCACCGCGGCCGGUUUCCAGAAAUACAUCCUUGAUGAGGCGACAAGAUUAGGGAAUAAGGCAGUAUUGAGCAAUAAGAGCAAUUUCAUCGUGGUCCAUUCGAGUUCCGGCCAUCUACAUAGCCUGAACGAAGUGCUGAAGAGCCAGCAAGUUCUGACGAAGUUAAAAGACACGAAGUAUGCGAGGGAGACUAGGUACAUGGAUGAUUUCAUGACGUUGCUGAGGAAGGACGAUGGGAGGGCUUGGUAUGGAGCGACCGAGGUAGAGAAGGCUGUUGAGAAGGGCGCUGUUGGUCCCGGAGGAGUGCUACUUAUCAAUAAUUCGCUUUUUAGAAGCCAGGAGAUUGGCACGAGGAAACGGUGGGUGGCCCUUGUGGAUACUGUCCGCGAGGGAGGAGGAGAUGCGAGGAUUCUAAGUAGUGAUCAUGAGAGUGGGAAGAGGUUAGAGGGACUGGGCGGGAUUGGGGCGAUUCUGACUUUCCCUUUGGAGGAUCUGGAUGAAGAAGAAGAAGUAGAAGAUACCUCGCCCAAUAUGGGGACAAACCAGGAACAAAUGAUAAUAUGA